AUGGGCUAUAUCGGCCACUCGGUCAAGAUCUCUGGAGAUCCCUCAUCUGAUGCCGCUCGCAUUCAAGCGUCUCUUGCUGACAGACAAUCCGGCGAAUUCUUCAUUGCGGAUGCAAAUUGUGGCCUCACAGUUGAAACUGCGCUCCGCAUGCUACGACUCCUCCCAAAAGGGUUGGAUUUCGUCUUAGAAGCGCCUUGUGCCACGUAUCGGGAAUAUGUGUCUCUCCGACGCAGAGCCAAUAUUCCAAUUCGUAUUUACGAGCUGGCAAUAUCUGAGCCUUCGAUUAUACAACUUAUCGCCGAUGACGCCGCAGAGGGAAUUGGAAUCAAAAUCACCAAGAAUGGUGGGCUAACCAAAUCUCGCCGUAUACGAGAUAUAUGUCUGGCAGCUGGGUACACCUUCAGUGUUCAGGAUACCGUCGGUUCGGAUAUUGCUUUUGCUGCUAUUGUUCAUCUUGGUCAAACAGAGCCGGAGAAAUUCUUGCGCUGUGUUCUCGAGACCCGCGAUAUGGUGACGCUGAAGACGGCGGAUGGUCCAUUCAACGUUGAAGGAGGCCGUAUCACAGCGCCUAAUGUGCCGAGUGGACCUACGAUCAGUUAA